AUGCGAGUUGAAGACAUGAUCCCCAUCAAUGAUUCUAUGCCUGAAGAACAGCUUAUGGCAAUCAUGAUCUUGAAGGAGAGUUUUGAUGAGAAAGCCAGGCUGGAAGAAGUUAAGGCUCUGCGUGAUGAGAAUUUGCCAUGGCAUUACUAUUGGGAUGAGCCCUACCUGUACAAGAGAGGACCAGACAGCAUUUACAGGAGAUGCAUUGCUGAAGAGGAUGUGCAAGGAGUUCUAGAGCAUUGCCAUGGGUCAGUUUACGGAGGUCACUUUGCUACAUUCAAAACAGCAACUAAGACUUCAUGGGACCUUUCAAACCCUUCUUCAAACGGGCACAACUACAUUUUGGUUGCUGUAGACUAUGUAUCCAAAUGGAUUGAAGCCAUUCCCUGCCCAACCUGUGACGCCAAGGUGGUUGUCAAGCUUUUCAGAACCAUCAUCUUUCCAAGGUUCGGCAUCCCAAGGGUUGUUAUUUCGGAUGGAGGCUCCCAUUUCAUCAACAAGGUGUUUGAAAAGUUGAUGAGAAGCCAUGGAGUCAAACACAAGGUCGCCACGCCUUAUCACCCUCAAACCAGUGGGCAAGUUGAAGUCUCCAACAGACAGAUCAAGGCCAUAUUGGAGAAGACUGUGAGCUUCACUAGGAAAGACUGGGCAGCAAGGCUUGAUGAGGCACUUUGGGCUUAUAGAACAGCCUACAAAACCCCCAUUGGAAGGUCUCCUUUCAAUUUGCUGUAUGGGAAGGACUGCCACUUACCUGUGGAGGUCGAAUAUAAGGCUUUAUGGGCAGUAAAGAUGCUGAACUUUGAUAUAAAGGCAGCACAAGAAAGGAGGGUAAUGAACUUGUUUGAGCUGGAGGAGAUAAGAAUGAAUGCCUAUGAGAACUCUAGGAUUUACAAGAUGAGAACCAAGGCAGCCCACGACAAACUGAUUCGCCUUAAGGAUUUCAAGGUUGGGGACAGUGUGCUCUUGUAUAACUCCAAGCUAAGGUUGUUUCCCGGGAAGCUGAGGUCAAAGUGGGCGGGACCAUUCAAGAUUCACGAAGUUCUACCCUAUGGGUCCCUCACUUUGCUCAAUCAAGAGGGGAAGGAAUUCACAGUGAAUGGACAUAGAUGCAAGCCAUAUCUAGGAAUGACCCCCACAGAGGAGAUCAUCACUCCUCUAGAAGAUCCAACCCCGGCCUAA